AUGGUAAUUACUUUUGUUACGGGAAAUAAGAAUAAGUUAGCUGAAGUUCAAGCCAUAUUAGCGGAUGUAUUACCUAAUUUAAAAUCAGCUGAACUUGAUUUGCCAGAAUAUCAAGGUGAACCAGAAGAAAUCUCUAAAGAAAAAGCUAAAUUAGCUGCUCAACGUAUAAAUGGUCCAGUUUUAAUUGAAGAUACAUCUUUAUGUUUUAAUGCUUUACAUGGUCUUCCAGGACCAUAUAUAAAAUGGUUUUUAGAUAAAUUAGGACACGAUGGUUUAAAUAAAUUACUUGCUGGCUAUGAUGAUAAAACAGCAUAUGCUCAAUGUAUAUUUGCAUUUUGUGCUGGACCAACAAGUGAACCAAUUGUAUUUGAUGGUCGAUGUCCAGGAAGAAUUGUUCCAGCACGUGGACCAAAUCAAUUUGGAUGGGAUCCAAUAUUUCAACCUGAUACUGAAAAAGGACAACCAGGUCGUCAAACAUUUGCUGAAAUGGAGAAAAUCGAAAAGAAUCGAAUUAGUCAUCGAAGUCGAUCACUACAAUUAGUUAAAAAUUAUUUUGCUCAGCAUCCAGAAUAUCUUCAUUUCUUAUUUUCAUCAUGUAUACCUUCUUUUCAACAAUGUGGAUGUCAAUAUGAACAACCUAUUCUUUCUAAUUCAAGAAUUAUUGGAGGUUAUACAGCUCGAGAACAUUCUUGGCCAUGGGUUGUUAGUAUACGUCAAGCAAGUAUUUAUCUACCAUUAACAGAUCCUGGUAUUGCUUUUUGUGUUGGAACUUUAAUCAAUGAACAAUAUGUUUUAACAGCUGCACAUUGUUUUUAUGAUAAAAUUCGUUUAUUUCUAACAACACAUUAUUUUGUUGUUAUUGGCGCUCAUUAUAUCAAUGAGACAAAUCCAAUUCGUUAUAAUAUUCAAUCUAUUAUAUUACAUGAAAAAUAUAAAAAUGAUGUUUUUUUAAAUGAUAUCGCAUUAUUAAAACUUUCACAUAAAAUAGAUUUCAACAAUUCAAACGUUGGAUUUAUUUGUUUACCACCAAAUAAUAUAUCAUUAUAUCCAUAUGAGAAAAUGAAUGCUAUUGCAGUUGGUUGGGGAAGUUUAGAAGAAAAUACUAGUUCAGUAUCAUAUACACUUCAACAAGUUCAAUUGCCAAUUAUUUCAAAUAGAAAUCAAUAUUGUUUUCGACAAAUAAGUGAUGAUCAUGUUCAAUUUUGUGCUGGAUUUAGUCAAGGUGGUAAAGAUACAUGUCAAGGAGAUAGUGGAGGACCAUUGAUGAUUUUUGAUACAAAUACAAGUACAUGGCAUAUUGUUGGCAUAACAUCAUAUGGAUAUGGAUGUGCUAAACCUACAUAUCCAGGUGUUUAUACACGAGUGAACAUGUUUAUCGAUUGGAUCAAUGAUAAGAUAAAUUCUUCAUCUCAAUCAGUAAUAAUUCAAAUGCCAAUUCAAUUUUUAUUAUUGUUAUUUUGUAUAGUUCUAUAUUUAGAAUAA